UAUGUAAUAGCUUGUGUGAUAACAGAGCUUGAACUUCCUACAGAAUUUACACACUUACUCACUCACUCACGCACGCACCCACACACAUAAAACCACCUCUUAACAACAGCCACAACUACUUCUUACAACAAGUCGGCUUGCAAACCAGAGAGGAGGCAAUGAGCAGUGGGGUGUGGUUUCCUACACUGGGGCUGAUGGCCUGGCUGUGCUGCCUCAGUCUGGGGCCCGUUCAGGGGGGGAAGGUGCUGGUUAUGCCUGUGGACGGGAGCCACUGGCUUAGCAUGAAGAUUCUGGUGAAGGAGCUCACCCGCAGGGGUCAUGAAGCUGUGGUCCUGGUACCUGAAAGCAGCCUGUUGAUCCAAGGCUCGGAGAGCUACAGGACAGAGAUCCACUCAGUGCCCUUUACCAAAGCUGAGCUGGACGGAAAAUUCGACGAGCUCAAAGAUGGAGUGUUCAUCAAGCCACCACAAUUCACAGAUUUGUUUAUCAAUAUGGAGCGUUUGGUUAACUUUACUUCUCUUCAGGUGACAGGUUGUGAGAGUUUGCUUAACGACAAACCUCUGAUGAGUCGAAUGCAGGGAGAGGGCUUCGAUCUUGUGCUAACAGACCCCUUUCUUCCCUGCGGCACCAUCCUGGCUCAUGUCUUUUCCAUUCCAGCUGUUUAUUUCCUGCGUGGAAUUCCAUGCGAGUUGGAUGCAAAGGCUAGACAGUGCCCUUCUCCUCCCUCCUACGUGCCUGUGGCUUACUCUGGUAAUGUAAACACCAUGACCUUCCCACAGAGAGUAAAGAACAUGUUAAUGCAUCUUAUGGAGUCCUACAUGUGCCGCAUAAUAUAUGUCCACUUCGACGACCUGGUCAGCCGAUUUUUGGGAGAUAACAUGACCUACAAGGAUCUUUUAAGCCGUGGUGCCAUCUGGCUUCUCAGAUAUGACUUUGUUUUUGAAUGGCCCAAGCCUAUCAUGCCCAACAUGGUUUUCAUUGGAGGUAUCAACUGUGCAAAGAUAGCUCCUCUGCCAGAGGACUUGAAGGAGUUUGUGGAUGGGUCAGGAGACGACGGCUUUAUUGUCUUUACCAUGGGCUCAAUGAUCUCCAACAUGCCUCAGGAGAAGGCUAAACAGUUCUUUGAUGCUUUUCGGCAAAUUCCACAAAGGGUUGUGUGGAGAUACACUGGAGUGGUUCCUGAUGACUUACCCAAGAACGUCAGACUUAUGAAGUGGCUGCCUCAGAAUGAUCUCCUAGCCCAUCCCAAGGCUAAGGCCUUCAUCACUCAUGGAGGUACCCAUGGUAUCUAUGAGGGUAUCUGUAAUGCUGUUCCCAUGUUGAUGUUUCCACUGUUUGGGGACCAGGGAGACAAUGUACAUCGCAUGGUGGCCCGCGGUGUUGCAGUGAAACUCGCUAUAUAUGAUUUCACAACUGAAAGCCUGUUGGAAGCCUUAAAUAAAAUAAUCCAUGACAAAAGCUACAAGGACAAGAUGGUGGAGUUGUCUCAGAUACACCUGGACCGUCCUGUUGAGCCUUUAGACCUGGCAGUUUUCUGGACCGAGUUUGUCAUGAGACACAAAGGAGCUGAACAUCUAAGGGUGGCGGCAUAUGAUCUGAACUGGAUUCAGUACCACUGCCUGGAUGUCAUUGGCUUUCUUAUCAUAAUUAUCUUAACUAUUCUCUGGGUGACACUCAAAUGCUGCUUGUUCUGCACUCACAGGUGUUGCAGAAAGGGGACUGCAAAGAAAAAAUCAGAGUAAAGUUUCUAAAUGCAACAUUUGUUUGGUUUUCUAAAUUCUGUAUUGAAGUGAAUAAUGAAGUCAAAACACUGCAUUCCUUUUUGAGAUUGAUGUAGUGUAAGUACUGUAUGUGUCUCUGUGUGUUUGACCUAUGAAAAAGCAAUCUUCAAUGCUAAUAAAAUUUGUUUUUUUAACUAAA